AUAAAAAACUAUAUAAAAUGGCUGUUCCAUUUCAUUUAUCUAAUCUAUUAAAAUGAUGAACAGUUUUCAUAGACUUUGUUGAACCAAGUCUCAGAUUAUGGAAUUUAGUUUAGUUAAUGACACUAAAUUAUAGUCUUAUAAAUAUUUCGUGUAGGCCUAGCCUAAGCUAAGUCCACCCGUUGUUUUGUUAUAGUUGUUGGCCAGCUUAACCACUAGCCUAUUUAGCUCAUAUUAGACCACCUCAUCAAAAUGAUGCAGUUUAUGCUUCUCUUCAGUAGACAAGGAAAGCUCCGUCUGCAGAAAUGGUAUGUCGCUCAUCCAGACAAACUGAAAAAGAAAAUAACAAGAGAACUCAUAACUACAAUUCUUGCUCGAAAGCCUAAAAUGUGCAGCUUUCUAGAAUGGAAGGACGUGAAAGUAGUUUAUAAGAGAUAUGCUAGUUUGUAUUUCUGCUGUGCCAUCGAGCAAAACGACAAUGAACUCUUAACGUUGGAAAUCAUUCACCGUUACGUGGAACUUCUGGACAAAUACUUUGGAAGUGUAUGCGAACUGGACAUCAUCUUCAACUUUGAGAAAGCUUACUUCAUCCUUGAUGAACUGUUGCUGGGAGGGGAAAUACAGGAGACAUCAAAGAAGAAUGUGCUGAAAGCCAUCGCAGCACAGGACCUUCAACAAGAGGAGGAAACACCUCAAGGAUUCUUUGAUGAUCACGGUCUUGGCUAAUGUGAUGGAUUGAUGCGUCAACAUAUUCCUGGACUGUACCAAGAAUGCUGCUAAUGGUUGAAAUUUGAUGCUUAUAUCGUUCUAGUAUUACAUGAUCUCCUAAUAUUAUUUGGCAAGUACUUAAUUAAAUAGAUCAGACAAUUUGUACAAUGACAAUGUUUACAUUAGGUAGAUAAUAUUUUAUAUUCUUUUCAUUGCUUAAGUUUACUUGUAUUAAUGCUUAGCCAGUUUUUUAGUAUUUUGUUUCAAUCUUUUUCUCAGCAGUAGACUUUCUAACAGGUCGAAUUCUGUAGUUAUUGAUUCAUAAUAAAUAAAAACCAAAUUUUAAAUUUAAGGCGUUAAAUUGCUUAAAAAGAUAUUUUUUACUCUAUCAUAAUAAGUGAAUGGAUUAAUUUGGUGAUUGUUAUACACGAAUGGCUACAGAAAAUUAAAUUUGAAGUUCUACUAUGUAAAAAUGAAGAAUAUUGAAAGGUAUAAAGGUAUUGAACAUAUAGUGGAGCUAUAAUACACAUGUUCAAAUUAAAAUAUUCUCAGUUGCAAGGGUUGUAAUUAUUAAGGUUUGAUUUGUUUUGUAAGAUGCUAACUUUUAGAAAAAUUAUAAAACUAUCUUAAUUUUUUUAUAAAUAUAUGGUUUUAGGAAAUAUGUUAUUACAAGUUAAUUGGCAUUUUAUAAGUGAAAAUCACAUAUUUUAUUCUUUUACAAAAUUGUGCUUAAAUAUAUGAUUGAUUUAAAUGAUUCUAACAACUAAACAAAAAUAUGAUUCUGUCUUCAUCUGAUUAUUAUUGUACUAGUAUACACUAAUAUUAAAGGUUGUAUUUUAUAGUUUGUAUUGCGUGUUUUUAGCACGCUUUGUGUGGUAAACGUUAUUGUGUGAGCGUUCCACAAUGGCAAUAAAGUUUUAGUAGAUAAAUAAAAAUAUAUCUAUUAUCUCUGUAAAUGUUUGUGUGAGCUUAGACACUGAGUGGAUUUGUAUCUAGGAAUAUUCUGUGUGAAAUUGUCCAAAUGCUCAGCCACUCAGCAUCAAUGUGUUCAUACAGUAGAACUCCAGCAAUCCGAACAACAAUCCCUUACAGAAAGAAUGUUAUAAAACCUGUGACUGCCGUAAUAAGUAUCGUUAAUAAAGAAGGCAGAAGCCAUGGUGGCCGCAAAAUCCUGAACAUCUUUGGCGAAUUUGUGGACAUAAUCAUCGUCUCCCGUGAUCAUGGUCUCCCCAAAUCUUUAAUAUCUCCUGCGAUCUAGUAGACAUCAUCAUCAACGUUUCUUGCAGAAAAAAAAUGUCCUCCCCGAUCAUGAAAUCUCAUCAGACAUGGAAAACUACCUCCCAAUAUCUGUAAAAAUCCAACCAUCCUAACUAUUACUAUCUCAAUGCACGGUCCCAAUUGAUUUGGAUCAUUGAGUUCUACUGUAAUUUUAUUCCAAGAUAGUGCAUUCCCAAAAAUACCAUGUGCUAGUUAGUUAAAAAAACCUGUUGUGAAAUUAAGUACUGAAUCUUAAAAUAUUUUAGAAUUUAUAUUAUAUGUUACUAACUUGUUGAAGUGCAAUGCUUUCUACAAUUUGGCUGUGUGACCCGUAUGCCUUACUAGUUGAUGUCUAUUGUUUUGUUAAUACAGUACCGUAUUAUAGAAAGAAAAAUAUUCAACUCCAGUGAAAAUAUUUUCAAAUUGGUUUUACUUGUAAAAUAAACUAAAUACGACAACCACUACUCUUAUAGAUGUUGUUUUUGUCAACACAAAGUGCAAUAGUUUUAAGUGAGAUUGUUCUUUAUCAUAAUUGUUUGCGCAGAUUUAGCUUAUAACUGAUUGGUUAACCAAUGUUCCUAACCCUGUGGUGUGCUGGUUCCCAUGAAAUAAGAAAUAUAAUUUUGCUACUACUAAUUUUAAUUUACAUUUAAUUACUGUAAGUAGUAUGGAUGAAUAGGCCAUAAAUCAGUCUAAAUAAACUCAUUUUUUAUUACAUAUCCAGCUAUAUACAAUUUUAAAAUUAAAUUAUAAAUGCGGUAAUAAUAGUUGCUUUUGUUAAUAUGUUAUGUAGUGUAGUGACUGCUUAAAGGACUUCAUUUCCAUUAUAAUAUUUCCUUUUAUUUUAUUUCAUUAAUCUUAGACAUCAAAAGUGAAUUUCAAAAUUGAUUAAGUUUUAAUUUUAUUGGUGUUUUUAUGAUUGAAAUAACUACUUUUAACUUUUUUUUAUUUGUUUGUAUCGUAUUCAAACUGAAUUUAGACAUUUUGAAUCCGACCAGAUUUAAUAAAGCUACAUUUACUAUUUAAACAAUGUUUAAGUAAAUCCAUUUGUUAUACAUGCAUGAAAAUAAAAAUAGGAGUAGAUAUUUUUAAACUAAUACAUAUAUAUAUUAUACAAUUUUUUUUUAGUUUCCAUGCAAAAAAAAUUAACCAAACAAAUUUUAAAACUGAAAAUAGAUUUCUUUAAUUUAUAAAAAAUAUACAAAUAAUAAAUAAGUGAUCAUAGUUUUAACUUUAAGCAAAAUAGUUGUUUUCCUACAGUUACCUAACAAUGUACAUGUUCUCUCACUGAUUUGAGAAAGCAAAGUGGCCAAUUCGCUCAUCAGUGAGACAAUGUUAACAUUGUCUCACUCUAAUUACUUUGUCUCACUCCAGAUUUGCAACGUGAAGGCACGAAAUAGUGAGCGCGUAACAUGCAGGCAACGUCGUAUGCGCGCGAAAUACGUUGGCAGCACUGGCUGUAAAUCAGCUGGUCAGCUGUUGUACUGUUGUAUUUGUCACUUCACAUUAAAUGUUAUAUUAAAAGUUCACUUCUGUGUAAAAGUAGGUUGUUUCUUCACCAAUUUUAAUAAAAGUUCACUUCUGUGUAAAAAUAGGUUAUGUUUCUUCACCAAUUUAUUUGUUUUAUGGUAACUGUAGGAAAAGUUUAAUGUGCAACUCGAGUUCAAAGUACAAUUGCCUCACUCGCCUACCGCUCGUGAGUAAGGAUUUCUCUCGAGUGAGUCAAUUGCUCACUUUUCUCACUAGUUGCACAAAUAACUAUUUACAUUUCAUAAUUCAUAUAACACAAAUUUCAAUCCUCAAUCAAUACAGAAGCAAGUAGAAAAAAUUACUGCCGCCUAUGCUUGAAUAAUUAGGCUGUAAAAGUGUUUGAAACAUUUGUAAUAAAUUGCAAUAAUUUAGUGUAACCAAGUUACGGUAAUGAAUGCAUGGUUGGAAACAACGUUGUUACCAAUUAGGUUUUUAGCUAUUGUGACCUCACUUUUGUUGUGCACAUUUAUAGUAUCCGGUACCAUUGCCUUUGGGUGCAUUGUACGUAACCAGAAUCAAUGUUAAUCCUUGGAAGUCGAUCCACAUGUUUGUAUACAUACAAAUGUUAUUGCACCCACCCAAAAUAAAGCUGCUUAUUUGUGAA